CUUCCCACAACAGCACAUACCUGCUGCCUCAAUACCUGCUGCACAUUUAUUCAUGUCAGAAAGCACCACCGGCCACCAUGUGGACGAGGCAUGAGAGCAGAAAUUAAAGGACUUGUCUGAAGUCAGUUAUUUGCAGUUACUGUUUCUUCCCCACUGGAUAUGUCUGUAUAAUCCACUGGAGUCAAGUGAUAUUCCAUAUGCGCUCAGCAUGGAUCCACUACAAAUGACGUGCUCGCAUGGAUAUUAUUCGUCGUAACGAAUAGCUUUGGACGAUUGCUUCACCGUAUUCAUCUAGAUCAAGUUUCCCUGAGCGCUCUUGCUGGAUUGGAGGUUUGUAACUGCAGCUAUGGGAGAGAUCGGGACGUUUUUACAGAGCCUGGAGGGUUUCGGACAGGUCGGAUCACAGUUCUUUCUGCCACCUCUAGGAGAAAACCUCGGGCUGUUGAAUGAUCAUUUAGUUCCAGCAGAGAGACUGUCACGGAGCACCUCCGCAGAUUUAACGCACUUGAAAGGGAUCCUGCGGAGAAGACAGUUGUACUGCAGGACUGGAUUUCACCUUGAAAUACUCCCGGAUGGCAGUGUGCAAGGCACGAGAAAGGACCACAGUCGUUUCGGUAUUUUGGAAUUCAUAAGCCUUGCUGUUGGACUAAUAAGCAUCCGUGGAGUGGACAGUGGUCUCUACCUCGGCAUGAACGACAAGGGAGAACUUUAUGGCUCUGAGAAACUCUCAGCAGAAUGUGUCUUCCGUGAGCAGUUUGAGGAGAACUGGUACAACACAUACUCUUCUAAUCUCUAUAAGCACGGGGAGAGAGGAGCACGGUAUUUCGUGGCUCUCAACAAGGACGGCACGCCACGCGAUGGGACAAAAUCAAGGAGACAUCAAAAGUUCACUCACUUUCUUCCAAGACCGGUGGACCCUGAAAAAGUUCCAGAACUUUACAAAGAGGUGCUUGGACACAGUUGAGACCACCUGUCACCGUUAUCGGGUGAGAGAGAUGCCCAGUUUCUUCUCUACGUGAGGAGGAGAUGAUAAUGUUUGGCCACAGCAUCCAAACAUGAGAUCUGCUCUGGAAAUGCACUGGCCAGUACUGAUGGUGAAGACAACAGUCUCGAAAGACUCCCAAAGUGUGAAAGUCAAGCUGCAUUUGGUGUCUUUGUUGCUGACGAGUAGCAUAACCAUGAAAACCAAAUCUGAGGGUUUUGGAGCUUUUAAACAUGGUGCUGCUUUGCUCUGGAAAUAUUCAAUAUGGGUUAAGAAGGACUUGAAGGAACAAUGCUUACGUGAUGCUCAGAGAUGACAGAACUGGGACAGUAGAGAACAGGAGAUGCCAUCUCACACGAUGUUAUUUAUACAGUUCUUGAUUCACAUAUUUAUUGUAUGUAUUUAUUUAUUUGGAAAUAUAAAUAUAUAUUUUUACAUCUAAAAGUAGAUUUUUUUUUAUAUUAUACCAAACAGUAGAAGGUGCUUUGAAAUAGUGACAAAGCUGUUCUUUUUUAUAUGACGGACACUGUAAAACGUACUUAUUAUCACUGCUAUGCUAUUACGGAGGGCGAGAAAGUGAUUUACUAUUACAAAUGUAUGAAGAACGCCAUGAGACUCUGUGAUUUUAUUAGAUUUGUUUCAAGCACGAUUUCCCAAGAUGGCAUGCUGCACAGUACAUUUUACAGGCCAUUAAAUCAAGUAUUAUCAUAAAAAAAAAGCUAGUUGUUUGAUAUAACUCAAUUCUGAAAUGAUUAUUAUCUGGGAAACAUUAAAGAUCAUUUCUAACUGU